CGGCGGAAGUGCGCGCGUGUCGGGGGGUCGCCGGAGGAACACGACGCUGGCAGAAUCCCCCUGGCCGCCGCCGCGGCGUCCCCGACCGGAAUCAUGUCGAGUUUGGCGGUGAGAGACCCCGCCAUGGAUCGAUCCCUGCGUUCGGUGUUCGUGGGGAACAUUCCGUACGAGGCAACCGAGGAGCAGCUGAAGGACAUUUUCUCAGAGGUUGGUUCUGUGGUCAGUUUCCGGCUGGUGUACGACCGGGAGACGGGCAAGCCCAAGGGCUAUGGGUUCUGCGAGUACCAGGACCAGGAGACCGCGCUCAGCGCCAUGCGGAACCUCAACGGGCGGGAGUUCAGUGGGCGAGCGCUGCGGGUGGACAACGCCGCCAGCGAGAAGAAUAAGGAGGAGUUAAAGAGCCUGGGGCCCGCGGCGCCCAUUAUUGACUCCCCCUACGGAGACCCCAUCGAUCCGGAAGACGCCCCGGAAUCGAUCACUAGAGCAGUCGCCAGUCUCCCCCCGGAGCAGAUGUUUGAGCUGAUGAAGCAGAUGAAACUGUGUGUCCAAAACAGCCACCAGGAAGCUCGGAACAUGUUGCUUCAGAACCCACAACUGGCUUAUGCGCUGCUGCAGGCCCAAGUCGUGAUGAGAAUCAUGGAUCCUGAGAUUGCGCUGAAAAUUCUGCAUCGCAAGAUACAUGUCACACCACUGAUCCCUGGCAAGUCUCAGGCUGGCUCUGUUCCUGGACCCGGGCCUGGACCUGGGCCUGCAUCUGGACUCUGUCCAGGACCCAAUGUUAUGUUAAACCAGCAGAAUCCUCCAGCCCCUCAGCCUCAGCAUUUGGCGAGAAGAUCUGUGAAGGAUAUCCCACCUUUGAUGCAGACUCCUAUUCAGGGUGGAAUUCCAGCUCCAGGGCCAAUGCCCACAGCAGUUCCUGGCCCAGGCCCCGGUUCCAUAACUCCUGGAGGAGCAAUGCAGCCCCAAGUUGGAAUGCCGGGGGUGGGCCCAGUGCCUUUAGAGCGAGGACAAGUGCAGAUGUCUGAUCCUAGAGCUCCUAUGCCUCGUGGACCCAUGACUGCUGCUGGCCUGCCUCCUAGAGGACUGUUAGGAGAUGCUCCAAAUGACCCACGUGGAGGGACUUUGCUGUCUGUUACUGGAGAGGUAGAGCCCAGGGGCUAUAUGGGCCCACCCCAUCAAGGUCCCCCCGUGCACCAUGAUAGUCGCGGCCCCUCUUCACAUGAUAUGAGAGGAGGACCAAUGGCAGAUCCCCGAAUGCUAAUUGGAGAGCCGAGAGGACCCAUGAUAGAUCAAAGGGGUCUACCUAUGGAUGGCAGAGGAGGUCGAGAAUCUCGAGGGAUGGAGACUCGAGCCAUGGAGACUGAAGUCUUAGAAACUCGAGUAAUGGAGAGAAGAGGAAUGGACACAUGUGUGAUGGAAGCCAGAGGAAUGGAAGCCCGAGGCAUGGAUGCAAGAGGAUUAGAGAUGCGUGGCCCUGGCCCAAGUUCCAGAGGCCCUAUGACUGGUGGAAUCCAGGGUCCAGGUCCCAUUAACCUUGGGGCAAGUGGGCCUCCAGGACCUAGACAGGUCCCAAGCAUUUCAGGAGUAGGAAAUCCUGGGGGUGGCAUGCAGGGAGCAGGUAUGCAGGGAGCAGGCAUGCAGGGAGGAGGCAUGCAGGGAGGAGGUAUGCAGGGAGCAGGCAUGCAGGGAGGAGGUAUGCAGGGAGCAGGCAUGCAGGGAGCUGGCAUGCAAGGAGGAGGUAUGCAGGGAGCAGGCAUGCAGGGAGCAAGCAAGCAAGGUGGAGGCCAGCCUAACAGUUUUAGUCCUGGGCAGAGCCAGGUAACUCCACAGGAUCAAGAAAAAGCAGCGUUGAUCAUGCAGGUUCUUCAGCUGACUGCAGAUCAGAUUGCCAUGCUGCCUCCCGAGCAAAGGCAGAGUAUCUUGAUCUUAAAGGAACAAAUCCAGAAAUCCACUGGAGCCUCUUGAAAACUUGUAGUCUCAGUGUGCUCUGUGGCACGUAGAAUGGGUAUAUAAAGCCUUCUGCAUCUCCACAUGUAAACAAUUGGGGUUUCAUUACUCCUAAAGCCUGACUAGGUUUCUUGUCUUUUUAUUUUCUGUUUUCCUUUUUUUUUAAUUGAGGGUAGUGGGAGGAGGGAUUGAGUCUGUUCAUUUUAAGUUGUUGAUAUAUAAAAAUCUGAAGAUUAUAUUAUACCACAUAAGACAACAACCAAUAUACAGUGAUAACAAACUGUCUACAGUAUGUUAACUACACUUUAAAAACAUAAACACUUGAAAGAUGACUUGUUAAAAUGCUAAGAUUUGAGAUUUUUUUUUCGGUUGUAUAACAGUAAAAUCACCUCAGAACUUUAAGAUAUUUUUUGGUAAACCAAACAACAGCUAUGUAUAAUGCUAAACCCUGCUUUAAUGGUUUUGGAAAUAAUUUGAAACAGCUUAACAGGAUGUACUUAAGUUUGUAGUAUUAGAAUUUUGUUUGUUUUUUAAAGCUGUGUUACCUGAAAAAUCAAGGAAUCCACCUAGUUAGAUGUUGCUUUAUCUGACUUUAGAGACUAGCAAUAUUUUGUACUGGCCUUGCCUGUGAUGACUGCUGGGAAAGUUGAAGGAACAACCUGGUUAUUUAAAGUCUCCACUGAUGAGACCCAAAUGACUUCUUAAUAACCUUCUCAAAGGUCAUUAAGCCCUAAAUCUGAAUGUAAGUAAUUUUCUCAUAUCCUUCCCAAGAAUCAGUGUGGAGGGAUCAUUUGGUUGGAAUUAGUUGCACAGAGCAUUGGACUUUGCAUAAAUAGUGGACCAUUUCAUUCAGUAUAGAUCCCAGUUUGUGGGUAACCAGCUUCCAUAUAAGGAUGGUAUCCAUUUGGUUUAAAAAAAAAUCAAGAGUUAAAAAUAUUACUCUUAGCAUUUAACAAAUUUUUUAGUUUUCUUGUUUUGUAGUCUAUGUUUUACCAGGUAGGCAGAGAAACUCCUAUAGACUAUUCUUGUCAGUUAAUACUUCAUCUGUUAAAAGUAAUGGAACAUUUAGCCCCAUUUUCAUAAGAGCUACUACCUAAUUUGGUUUUAAAGUUUGAGGUUGAGAGUACUUGGACAUUUGUAUCAUAGUCCAAGCAGUAAUUAAGGGAAUCCUAAAUUCAAGAAGGUGAUCUUCCUUUGGAAAAGAGAAACCCAAUACCUUAUGACAGGAAGACAUAUUUAAUGCAAGGAGAAAACUAAGACUUAGACAUAGAGUUACUUUCCUUUUGCAAGUAUUUUACAUUAUUAUAUGUGUGUAUCUGGUUAUACUGUUAAGUUUCCCAUGGUCUGUUUCCCCUACAAGUAGAACAGAUAUCUCCCCUGUACAUGUGUGGUAGUUCUGGCCAGUUCAGCCUUGACUUGGCUACUUUGAACUUGUAGUUGAUCCCAAAGCUUUCACUGACAGUCUCUGUUAAACUUAAGUGUUAUAGUCUUUGUUCUAGUAAAAUCUCUGUAAUGUUUAAUAAAGACUAAAUAAAAAUACUGUA